CUAAUUUGUAGUUUUGCACUUUUCCUGCUCCCAGCGGCGCACCAUGGACCACCCAGCAAAUAUGUAUCUUCGCAUGCUAUGAUCAUCUCUCUCUCUCCCUCUCUCAUGAUGAUAAUCCUCUCACCACGGCAAUGGCUACUGCUGCUGCCUCCGGUCUUUCUUUCCACCCUUCUCUUCUCCUACCUGUACACCACCCUAUGGCUAAGGCCGGAGAGGCUCAGGCAGAAGCUGAGGAGCCAAGGAGUCAAGGGUCCCAAGCCUUCCUUCCUCUUCGGAAACAUACCGGAGAUGAGGAGGAUCCAGGAACUUGUCACCCCUGAUCAAGAAGUGGGAGCAGGGACUACAGAUCGAUUCUCCUCAAAUUAUGUGGCCACUCUGUUCCCUUACUUGCUCCACUGGAGCAGAGUUUAUGGUUCCAUCUACUUGUAUGCUACUGGAAGCAUACAAACUCUACAUGUAAUAGAUCCUGACAUGGUGAAGGAGCUGGCCAGUUGCAAGUCUUUGGAUCUUGGAAAGCCUAGCUACUUGCAGAAAGAGCAUGGAGCUCUUCUUGGUAUGGGAAUUUUGACGGCAAAUGGUGACCUAUGGGUACACCAACGAAAGGUCAUUGCACCUGAAUUUUUCAUGGAGAAGGUUAAGGGAAUGGUUAAUUUGAUGAUGGGUGCUGCACUAUCAAUGUUGAACUCAUGGGAAGAAAAAGUUGAGACUGAAGGAGGCAGGGCAGAGAUUGUAGUUGAUGAGUUCUUGCGAAACUUCUCAGCUGAUGUUAUAUCAAGAGCUUCUUUUGGAAGUAGUUUCGUCGAAGGCAGAGAAAUAUUUUACAAAAUUCGCCAACUUCAGAAAGCGAUGGCGAAGCGAAGUAUGCUUAUUGGUGUUCCUGGAAGUAGAUAUUUACCUACAAAGAGUAACAGAGAGAUUUGGAACCUGGGGAGUUGCAUCCGUAGCCUCAUCUUGAACAUAGCCAAGAAGCACGGGCAUGAUUCAGCGACCACUCCGAAUAAGUUUUUUCUGCACUCCAUCAUUGAGGGUUCUAAAGCCGCUUCCUUCUCUUCGUGCACACCCGAGGAUUUCAUUGUCGACAACUGCAAGAACAUCUACUUCGCGGGACAUGAGACAACCUCGAGCACAGUCGCGUGGUGCCUGAUGCUUCUUGCGUCGCACCCUGAAUGGCAGGACCGCGCUCGGGUGGAAGUCCUUGACGUUUGCCAUGGAGAAGCAUUAGACUUCGACAAGCUACGGAAGUUGAAAACGCUAACGAUGGUGAUCCAGGAGACCCUCCGCCUAUACCCGCCAGCCUCCUUCAUCACGCGGGAAGCUCUGAACGACCUGAACCUCGGCGGCAUCGACAUCCCGAAAGGCACCAACAUCAGGGUCUCGAUCAUGCUGGCUCACCGGGAUCCUUCGGCGUGGGGCGCCGACUGCGACAAGUUCGACCCGGGGAGGUUUGCCGGAGGCAUAGCGCGCGCCUGCAAGCCCCACCACAUGUACAUGCCAUUCGGCGUGGGUCCCAGGACGUGCGCCGGCCAGAACCUCGCCAUGGUUGAGGUCAAGGUGGUGGUGUCGCUGCUGCUGUCCAGGUUUGAGUUUGCACUCUCGCCAAGCUAUGAUCAUCGGCCCGUGUUCAGGUUGACCGUGGAGCCCGGGAAUGGCGUGCCGCUCAUUCUUAGGAAGCUAUGAUGGGGGGUCCGUUCAUCGUUUUUGCGCUGUUGCUUGUUGUGUGUGUACUGUCGCGUCGGCCCCACAACAGCAUGUCUGACAGGGAGGAACGAAACCCCGCAAAAAAAAAAAAAAAGCCAGGGAGGAACGGCUGGAUGUUGACUCUAAACACUUGUUAGUACUGUAUGUUACAACUGUACAUGAGAGCAAAUUCUUGUUGCUUUGGA